UGGAGGGUUGGUGAAUUGGAUCAGAUAGGGAAAAAGCUAUAAUUUUUAAAUGUGGGAGUGAUUUAGUUAUUUUGACUUAAUUUCAGGGGCUCUUUUUUCGUAAUUAUUCCCAUCUUUUUUAUACUAUGAUGUACGGAAUCAUUGCCAGUAGUCGGUAGAGUAGUAGAAGAAGAAGAAACAAAUUAAUAUUUGUUUUUUUGGUUGCAAUUGCUUCAGUUCAUAAGCCUCAGGUAAUCAAAAUGGAAGAAAACUUGAAUAAGUUUAGAGUAGGAGAUUUACCUACCGUUAUAUACAAGCCUGACUUCAUCACUGCCACUGAAGAAUCCCAUCUCCUAGAAAAGAUUUAUGGAGCUCCACAAUCAAAGUGGAAAUCUUUGAAGAAUAGGAGACUUCAAAAUUGGGGUGGUGUUGUUCAUGAGAAGGGUCUUCUACCGCAAGAUUUGCCCCCUUGGUUAACAAAGAUUACACAAAGAAUACGUGAGGAAGCAGGGCUGUUUCCCUCAGCCAUCAAUCAUGUUCUCAUUAAUGAGUACCUUCCUGAUCAGGGUAUCAUGCCACACCAGGAUGGGCCUGCAUAUUUUCCUGUAGUAGCUAUUCUCUCUCUUGAAUCGCCUGUAGUCAUGGACUUUAUUCCACAUGCAAGGUUAAGAGAGUCCGUGGAUGCAUUAACAAGUAACCUUGCAAAUAAAGGACCCAGUGAAAAAGCUUUAGCAACUGAGACAGACAAAUUUAUGGAUAAUCACCAUGCUUUUUCUGUUGUCUUGAUGCCUCGUAGUCUACUGAUUUUCAAGGUUAAUGCCUAUUCAGAUUACCUACAUGGUAUAAAAGAUUGUCAGGUGCAUCGAUAUGAUGAGGCUGUAAAUCAUGUAGACGACUUGGUAAUCAACAAGGUUGAUCAGACUUUGGGGUUGGAUCAAGAUGUGCAAACAGUGGAAGAUGGAGAUCACAAGGUUAUCCAUCGGACUAGGAGCAGAGUUUCAUUAACUUGUCGAACAGUUUUGAAGGUUCACAAGAAUUUGUUUAAGUUUUAGCAUCUACUACUACUAUGUGCUUAGUUUUGCCCUAAGAAUGGAGGGUAUCUGCAAUCAACACCAAAAGUGGCAUUAAAAAUGGCGUUAAACGCCCAUUUUUGGUGUAAAAUUGGUGUCCAACCGGAUACCAAUUUUCACACUAAAUUGGUGUGAAUCUCUAAAGUUACAUUGUAGAUGCCCUAUUUUUUGUUUCUAAAUAAUGUAAAUUCUUAUUUAAUUUAAAGAUACUAAUAUUUAAAACAAAUUGGAGAAAGAUUUGCAGGUGUUAGAUAUAGAGUUAGUAAUUGAAAAUGAAAGCAUGAUCUGGAAA